UUCCUUUUUUUUUUUUUUAUCUCUACCAAAUCUAAAACUAAAAAGGCCACCCACUUCUGUCACUCGAGGCAUCAAGAAGCCCUCGUCUGAAGUUGCCGUCCAGACGAGAGAAUCCCUAAAAAGGCCCUAUUUUCCUCUGCCACGCCUGAUCCUCGCAGUUAGACGCCUCCAGGACUGCAACAUUUCUUUUAUUUUUCUUGCUGGUUUCUGGGGAAAAUCUAUUGUAGAAAAUUGAAGUUAGACAAAAGGGGGAAAAAAUCAAAGCAUUGGAGCCAAACAACCUACACCUUUCCCAGAAGAUCUCUCAAAGAAUUUUCAAAAAGGCCAGUUUGAAUUUCUAUUCUUCCAUUUUGUCAUGGAAUCAACAUUUCCAUUCGUGAUUUUCUUCGAUACUCUAAUUUAGGGGCUGGUUUUGAAUUGAUAGUCAUGUGUGUUUGUUUGUUUUGUUCAUUUUCCACUGAUUUUACAACCUGAGGUUUGUGCGAUUGCUAGUGUUUUUGCAUUUUUCUUGUUUUAGGGUCUAUUUGAUUGCAGGGAUAAUAAUCUUGGAAAGUGGAAGGAAAAUCUGGAAUCUUGCAACAGCUAAGUUCCCAUAUUUUUUUCUUAUAAUUUUUUCCAUAGCCAAAUGGAGCAUUAGGGUUUUGAGGGGGGGUUUUGGAUGGGCAUUGGCAGAGAUCCCAGAUUCUCUCUUAGUAAUGGAUAAUGGAAGUUAGAAGUAGGAAUCAGAGUUUGUUCAAACCUUAUUCUUGUGGGUGAACAUGAGGACUCGUCCAUCCAGUAGCAGUAAAUUCCAUGAAACCUUUUUAUGUAAUGAAUAUGUAUUUUCACUAAUCUUCUGUGUAGUGUUAUACCAUAAGGAUGAGAAUUUUUGGUUUCUUGUGUUCUGUGUUCUAUUUUUUGCUUUGAUUUAUUUCAUUUAGUCUAUCAGUGUACAGAGACUGUAGAUCUCUGAGUAUUUUACUUUGAGGCAUAAGCCUCACAUUCCUCUUAGGAUAUCAGUAUAUAUGAAAGAAACCAAUAAAACCAUUACUAUAAUGGACUUGGAGUUAUUUGUCAUGGUAUAAAGGAAAUGGAUGAUGAAUCAGAUAAAAAACUACUAGUUAUAGUUUGUUUGUGCUCAUACUAUUCCUAGAAAACCCAUACUAGAACGUAAUCUCACAGUUAUUUGAAAAUUGAAAUAUAACAGAAUACUCUUACUAUUCAGUGAUGACUGACUUUUUGUGUCCUGUUUUCCAAAUAGAUCAUUGUUUUGGAUAUUCAUUAUGUUGUUUUUAUUUUGGUUUUAAAUUUAAUUUUGGCUAUAGUGGACAUACGUUUGCUCUUAAAUAUUUGAUGGCUGUUAUUUUGGUUCAAACUCGAAGAAAGGUGGAGACUCGAUGGACUUUGUGAUGAAGUAGGACAGUGAAGAGAUAGAUGGGGAAGAGUACAGGAAAGAAGGUGAUGAAAAAGGAGGAUGGAGAUGAUUGUGAUGGUUGGUGGUGGUUGGUUCACAAAAAUAUUGGAGCUUCAUUCCUAUGUAUUGCUGUCUUUGCAUUCUUGGUUCGUGUAGCUGUGUCAUUUCAUCCUUACUCAGGUGCUGGCAAUCCUCCCAAGUAUGGGGACUAUGAGGCUCAAAGGCAUUGGAUGGAGAUCACUCUUAAUCUUCCAGCUAAGGAAUGGUAUCGCAAUAGCACUACCAAUGAUCUUAACUAUUGGGGUCUUGAUUACCCUCCUCUCACAGCAUACCAAAGUUAUGUUCACGGUCUUUUCCUCAGAAUCUUCCAUCCUGAAUCAGUUUCCCUCUUCACUUCCCGGGGUCAUGAAUCCUAUUUUGGAAAACUUCUCAUGAGGUGGACAGUUUUAUCCUCAGAUAUCCUAUUUCUUUUUCCAGCAGUUUUCUGUUUUGUGGUUGUAUACUAUACUGGUCGUGGUCGUAGAAGUGAUAUAGCAUGGCUUAUUGCAAUGAUUUUACUUAAUCCAUGCCUGAUCCUAAUUGAUCAUGGUCAUUUUCAGUACAAUUGUAUUAGCUUGGGUCUUACUAUUGGAGCUGUUGCUGCUAUCCUUUCCGACAAAGAGCUUGUAGCUUGUGUUCUAUUCAGUCUUGCUCUAAACCAUAAGCAGAUGAGUGCAUAUUUUGCACCUGCUUUUUUCAGUCAUCUCUUGGGUAAAUGCCUAAGGCGUCGGAAUCCUAUUCUUGAGGUGUCAAAACUGGGCUUGGUGGUGGUUGGAACAUUUGCCAUUGUUUGGUGGCCAUAUCUCCAUUCAAUGGACGCCUUCUUAGGGGUUCUUUCUCGUCUUGCUCCCUUUGAAAGAGGGUUAUAUGAGGAUUAUGUGGCUAACUUUUGGUGCACCACUUCAGUCCUCAUAAAGUGGAAGAGGUUGUUCACAAUAAAAUCAAUGAAGCUUCUUAGUUUAUGGGCAACCAUUUUAACUUGUCUGCCAUCAAUGAUUCAGCAAAUAUGGUCUCCAAGCAACCUAGGUUUCCUAUAUGGCCUGCUAAACAGUUCUUUCUCAUUCUAUUUAUUCUCAUUCCAAGUACAUGAGAAGUCGAUUCUGCUGCCACUUUUGCCUGCAACCCUUUUAGCUCUGGAAGAGCCUUUUCAUUUCAGGUGGCUAACUCAUUAUGCAUUACUCUCUAUGUUCCCUCUUAUGUGUCGUGAUAAACUGAUCCUACCAUAUGUGGCUCUAUUUGCUCUGUUCUACCUCCUUUAUUAUGCACCUGGUGGAAGAGAAGAUACAAGGAAGAUGCAAUCCCCCUCCUCUCUGAGAUCAUUCAUGCUAUCUUUUCUUGUUUUGUGCUCUCUCUUUCUUCAUUUGGUUUACAUAACCUUGCAUCCCCCUGACAAGUAUCCUUUCCUCUUUGAAGCAGUAAUUAUGCUUCUCUGCUUCUCUCAGUUCAUAUUGCUAACCAUUUACACCAAUGCAAAGCAGUGGAUGUUGUUGAAACACUCUACCUUGAUGGAUAAAGAUAAGAAGCUAGUUUGAUAUAUUUAACUGUGUCCACCCAAGAAGUGUCCUUUCCUCUUUGAAGUAGCAGUGAUGCUUCUCUGCUUCUAUCAGGUCAUGUUGCUAACCGUUUACAUCGAUGCACAACAUCUACCUUGAUUGAUUAAGAUGCUAAGCUGAGUUGCCCCUGAACUUCUGACGUUAUGUCAAUAGUUUCACCAUUUUUUAAGCUUUUCUUCUUGAAUUGAGGCAUAGAUGUGCAAUGGCAAAAAUGAAAGUAUAUGGUGGGUGAUAAUUUUUUUAAGUGAUUAGAAGGACAAUAUUUUUUAGUGUGUCUGCUAGUUUUGUAUCAUGGUUUUCUUUCUGUUUUGUGCUAUAUGAGCCCGUUAAAACUUGUGGAAAAUAUUGAUCUUUGAAAUCCUUGUAAUGCCAUGGUUGAAACUUGUUUUCUUUGGAGAGAUGGAAGAUGCUGAGAAUUGUUAACAGAAUGUAUUCAAUAGAUGCAACCCAACAUUUCCCCAA